UGUAUUGAGAGUUCAAGAAGGGAAAGGGUGUGUUUCAGGCGCGGUGGCGAAGUUUUGUUUCCCAUGGUCAAUAAAGCACGGAGCUAUGUGUAAUAUGUUUGAAAGUCAUAUUUUAUGUGCUCACGACUCAUUAAUUGCCCCAUCGUGUCAUUGCCCUUCGACUCCCAAGAGUCCAAUCCGAGUUACUAAUUUUUCAUAUUUCGUUCGCCGGUGCCACAAAACCAGUCAUUUAUGGGCUCAUGCAUGUCGUGUAAGGCUGGGAAGGAAGCAUAUGCAUACACCACCUCUCCGGCUGCGCACAGGUUCCAGUCCUACUGCACUAUGGACGACGUGCUACCCAUCGCGGAAACCAAGAACGGAGUCACCGUCAGCGCCACCAAGCCGGGCUCGAAGCCGGAGACGGCGUACACUCGCGGCCAGGCCACGCUAUUCGGCUUCAAGAGGCGCCCGCUGCCCGCCGCCGCCAGCACACCCGCCGCUCCGCCGGACAACAGCGCGCCGCUCAGCAACGGCUCCUCCCAGGAAUCACUGACUGCUAUAAGUCCUAUCCAGUCCGGCAGAUCAACUCCUCGCUUGCCACGUCCGAAGAGGGAUAUUGACGGCAAUCAAACUGUAAGCAGUGGAUCCGCAUCACUGAGGCCAAACCGCUUUGGAUUCAGAGGGCCCUCUCUCACCAACAAGGUUGCAGACGUCAACCGUGACAUUCCCAUUGUAUCACCCAUCACUACUAACAGCCAUACAACUAGCAGCAACAACAAUAACAACAACAAUAAUAACAGCAACAUUAAUAACAACAACAGUGGCACUGUUGAAACAGAUAGCCAAGGAAGUGAGAAACCUAGGUCCAAAGGAGGAGGGCGAAAUCCACAGUCUGGUAUACCGAGACCGAAGGAAGCAGUAAGCAGUAUACCAGUGCCUGACAGCAACAGACAAGUAAAGCGAUCAGCCAUUCCACAGCCAAAUAAUGCUACAUGUGCCACACGCUUCACUCUGCAGACAACUCUCUUACCAAAACCUCAGUACCCUGUCAGGCUGACGUCUGUGGAUGCCGAGGAAACGGAGUCCCUUGCUCCUUCAAAGAAUGCCAAGACGGCAGCCAAUAAGAAGAGAGCAGGUCGUAUGGGCUCUGGAUCCUCUGGCAGCCGAGAGGAUGGCUCUGAUUCAGGGAUUGGUAUAGGAAAUGGAGAUUCUGACACACUACAUGGCAUCGAGCAGCUGGAACGCAGUCCUAGUGCUGGUCUUCGCAGGAAAGCUCGUCACCUUGAAGUAGUCUUAGGCAACAACAAGAGCUUUGAUGUCAGAGAUAUAACAGACAAAGAUAAAGAUGAAGAAGAUGAUGGACAGACAGUUAUUACUGAAAUAUCAGUCAUCUCACUGCCCAAAACAAACUACCAUACCGCAUCUAACAAAAAGGCUGUUACUACCAGCGGGAUCAGGAGGCCGAUCAGAUAUCAGGGGUCAGGUAUACCGGCUUACGGUAAUGUGGGCUGCAGAACAGCUGAUGAAAGUUCUAUUGCAACAAACAGUGUCUCCUCUCCAUCUUCAGAGGAACACCGAGAUGAUGAUAGCUGUAGUUUGGACACAGAAGAGGCAAAAGUAUUUGACGACAGGGCACAAAAUGAGAAGUCUGCUCGUGACCUGCUGAGUGUUGGUGGAGGCCCAGAGGAAGAUUUGUGGGGUCAUGGUGAGGCAAUGGCAGAGGGGUACAGUAGUUCGGAAGGGGGUGAUGAUUGCCCUGUGUCAAUAUCUGCCACUGAUAACACCAACAGUUCAGAUGAUCUGUCUGUCAGUCGCUUAGCUGCACGUCAUCACAACUUGCACCACGCUAGGCCAGCAGGUUAUGAGCCAAACAAGCGCGUAACCAUCGAGGACACUUUAUUCGCUGCAAUAGCAGCGUCCUCUUCUGCAACACUAAUUGAGGAUGAGCGAAGCCCAGCUGAUAGUAUGAUAAGCAGUGGUUCAGCUAGUUCAGAGGCUUCAGAAGAUGUGUCAGAGUGUUUGGAUACACACAGCUUAGUACAGGAAUCAGAUCAUGUUGACUCUCAAGAAAAGGAUGCAGAUGGAUCACAGAAAAUUAUAGAACGGCCAAGUUCAGUGGCAGUGACAUCCCACCCCCAUUCUCGUGAAGUUGCAAGCCCCUUAAGUCCGGGAACACCUACCAAUGCUUCGAACUCUCUUUCACUUUCUGAAGGGCGAGAUUUUCUGAUUGAUGAUGAAAUUGCUGACCAACCUGGUCUGACAUUUGGUGGUAGUGGCACUGCUGGCAGUGCAGCUGUUGCGGACCUCACCUCCUCAUCAGCAGGUUGCAGUAGCCUCCUGCUGUCAGUCACGGAAAAUACUACCACACUGGUUGAUUCCAGUCCUCGACCAGCAGUCAGACAGCACAUUGCAUCUCUAUCAGUUGAUACACUAUCUCCCUGUGAGAGCAUUGCAUCAGAUGAUCUCAUGCUGGACUAUGAACAGAGCGAAGGGAGCAUGUUUGACUGUACAGCAGAAAGCCGGCUUGAUGGAUCACUGGGUGGUCUCCAGUCCACUGGUGAUAAUGUGCAUGGGGAUUCUGAGGCGGACUCCUGCAAGUUAAACUCUAUUGGGGAAUGGUCAUCCGUGCUUAGAGCCAGCAUGAAGGAGGCUGCGUUGGUGGCGGGACGUCCAUCACGUGCCCUGAGAUCUCGUACAGGGAGCACACCGACACCAACUCCUGACUCACCUAAGUCCUCUGUGGGGGCCAAGGCUAGUCCUCUCCGUCCUACCAGGCAGUCUUCUGCUUCGGCAUCAGGAUCGGACUGUGAAGAUGGUGGACUAUGGUUGGACAGACAUACGUACCAUUCAAUCUGCCAAGAUAUUGUCAAUCAUAAAACAAUGCUUUUGAAGUUGCUUCGACACCUGCAAAAGCCAAUUCAGAAUGAAGAGAACGGUUUGAUGAGGGCUGAAACUCUCAACCCAUUCGACACUCAAUUGAAGAAUGGUCUCUUCUAUAAUUUGGCAAGCACUGAUGGUCCUGUUGGUGAGACUGAUGAAACAAAUCGAUCUCCCCAAGAGGAACUGGCUGAUUUGAGGCGGCAGGUGGUUUUCCUCCAGCAGCAGCUAGAAGAUAAAGAACGAACCAUCCAGCUGCUUCAGGUGCAGAUGACGAAGUACACGGACAAAGCACGUGAGAACAAUGUGCACACAGACCAGGCAGAAACUAUCAACGCUGCCACACAGACUGAGAGAUUGAGACCAGUCUCUGCUGGGCCUUCGUUGCUGCAGUCCCUCCCAUCAGACUCUGCAAAUGGGCCAUUGGUCAGUUCGAGUGAAGUGUGGCUACGGAGAGCUUCGACUGCGACCCGGCUGCCAGCACCUUCACCUACCGUCGCAAGGUUACCGAAGCGUGGAACAGCUGCCACAGUGCAGUCAAACUCUGCCCAGCUCCCAGUUCAUAGCCACACACCGUCCUCUGGCAUCCCAACGAGAAGGCCUCAGCAGCUUCCUGUCGUGACUACAAAGACUAGCUGACAAAGAGCACAGUAAAAACCUUCUACAAAUGUGCAAUAUUUUUCAAAGGUGCGCUAUUGACCCUCUCCACCUCCUUGAAAUGUGACUCCCCCAUUCUAGAAAUCCCCUGCCCACUGCAGCCCUACUUUGCACUUCAGGAGAUAAAUCAUUUUAAUCCAGUUUUCUGUUUAGAACAAGCAGAUGUCAAAAAAAUUAUAGUUUCUCUAUUCUCUACCCUACUCAAUCCACUAAGAACAAAGAGUACACAGAUAUUUACCUGAUAUUAUGCAACCAGUAUGAUCUGUUUUUAAUUACCGAAAGACUCUAGUAGGCUUACUGAAAGAGUUUUGUAACUUUUGGGAAUACUUCUUAAAUAUUUGAUGACUCUAAUGCCACUGACAGUCGUAUCGUAUGUCUGUUGUUGCCACACAAAAGUAAUUUUGUUUGCAUAUUUGGUUACACUCUUCAGAGUCAUACCAGGUUUGUUUCUAUCAGGUUGUAAUACUUGUGUGAAACGUUUAGGAGACUGAAGCUGUAACGAAUAGUGGAAUACAUAUAAGCAGCUAAGUUAGUUGAUCUCAGAGUUGUGAAGUCUGUGUAACUGCAGAUGUCUUUCAUUGUAGCUGUGUUUGGGGUGGGUGAGGUGAGGUGGGUGGGUGAGAGAUAGAGAGAUAGAGAGAUAGAGAGAGAGAGAGAGAGAGAGAGAGAGAAUGAAUAUGGAUGUAACACAUUUCCUUUCUUUUAUCAAUAAAAUUGAUUGAAGAACAAAAAAUGUCACCUAGAGAGUCUGUGCAAUGUCACCCAUUCAUCUGAAUUACUUACGUAGUACCAGUAGGAACUGUGGGCCUUCUAGGUCUAUUCAACCAGUAAAAGUGUAAUAGAUACACUGUCAUUCUGACUGUUUUAAUAUAUUAAAAGAAACUUUGUGUGUUGUUUCUGUGCGUGUAGUAUACAGUACAGUCAUAUUGGUGCUUUCAGUUUUCAGUGCAGUUUGUUUGUGUCCCAACUUUACACAGUGUUCAACUGUACAUAUUAGAAAAAAACGGUGUUCUUUCCAGCUGCUGAGACAUUCUGCACCCAAUGUGUGGCCUUCAUGUUCUUAAAGACAGUCAAACAUUAACUUGAUAUCUAAUGAUUCUUGUCUGAUGAAAACAUUAGGUGUGCAGAUUACCUGUAUAACAGAUCAUUUUGAACUGAUUAACAAGUAAUAAGAAAACUCAUACUAAAACACUUGUAUCAAUAAAACUAGACUUGUUACUCACUUGCGAGAGCAUACUGAAAGGAACAGAUAUUCUAGGAUGCUGUUGAUAAAUCCUCUUAUUUCAUAGCUUACACAACUACUUUUAUAGGAAAGCUCCCACAUGUCCAUGAGAGACAAAUUGCUUUGGUGGUAUAACUCUGUUGCUUUAAAAAAGUUGUAUAGUCUGGCAGGAAAUGGAGGAAUGUCAACACUGUGCAACUGAAUACCAAAUUCUUCCACGACAUCCUGUUUUACAAAUCAGUUCAUCAUUGAGAAUCAAAAUGUAAGUUGAUGUUUAUUACAUUUUCGUUUUCACUCUACUGUUGCCUAAAGAAACUUGCAGUUUCUGAACAUUAUAUGAAAGAUUUUAAAUAUUCAGGCCUUUUAUGGAUCAGUUUCAUAUAAUGAAGUUCUGUAGAUAGUAAAAUUGAAACUUGUGUGUUGUGUAUAAUUAUUAAGGGUUAAUGGUUCACAAGUAAACAAAUACAUAAACAUGAAAUAAGCUGACUGUAUCCCACAUAACAAAGUACCCAUUGUACUCAUAGAUGAAAAUGUGUAUUUCAUAUUUAUUCUCUGAUGAAACUAGACCUAAUAAAGUGUAAACUUAUUUGUCAAAAGGCAAGAAAGGUACUGAAACACAGUGAGAUGUUUGAUUUUUGUUUCCAUUGACUGUCAGUAACAACACAGCUGAAAUGACUCAGAUGUAAUAUAUUUUAAUAUGUAAUAAAAUGUGUAAACUCAGUAAUCAUGUCUGCAGGUAGGGGGAUAAUUUCUUGUAUAACUAUCUUUCUAGUUGUGCAUCUGUAUGCAUAAGUACUGUGAUUACGGCUUUGCAGUAUUGUAAAUUUACAAUCAGAAACAUUCCUUAAAUGAAAAUCUUUUUUUGUCAUUGCUUUGUAAUAGUGUGUAAAUGAUCUCAUCAUUUAGUUAUAAUGUACUUAAAAAAGCUUCAACAUUUGCCUUCCCGCAAAUUGUACUUGGAGCACAAAUGUAAAAAUUGUGAGAGCACAAGAUUUGACUGUGUUUUGUAAUGGGUGAUACACACCAGUAUUCAAUGAGGAAAGUGAUAUUAACAUACUUCCUGCUGUUGCUAGUGCCAGCAAAAUUAAGUAAACAGUAUAAUUUAAAAAUAUAGUCUUAAAUAUCAUGUUAGUAUCAUCUUUCAGUUCGUUAAGUUCAGUAUUUCAUAUUUAAAUUCAUUCUGGAAAAGCAGUUGACCAUUUCAGUGGUGCAGGUUUCAUUCUCAAUCAUAAUUUUAUUAAAAAAAAAAAAACUAGAGUGGUACCAUCCAGUGCAGAAAAGAUAUCGAAUACAAGUCAAUGCGUGUGUAAAAUUUGUUUUAUUGUAAAAUAAAAUUUUUUGAUUAUGG